CGCUUUCAGGAGGCUGCACUACACAGACUCCCGGUCCCUGCCGAGCUGUCCAGGCAGCAGCCUGAGUCUUAGAGCUCCGGAGCCGCGCCGCUCAGGAGCAACCCCAUGGCAGAGCAGCUGGCCUUGGUGAUAGGAUGCAUCAUUGGGGGGCUGCUGCUGCUGAUCGGAAUCAGCUGCUGUCUGUGGAAGAGGCUUUGUACCACCUUCACCUAUGAGGAACUGCCAGAGACAGCAGACACGGCCACCAGCUCUUCCUUCAGCAAAAAAGAGGAGAGGCCCUGCCGGUAUGCUGGAAUCCCAUCUGUCAGGCUACCAAGUGUACCUUUUGUGGUACCCCCUUCUCACCAAGGCCGAGACUGGGUACGCCUACAUGGUGGUGACUGGGCUGUGGCCCCACAGGACCCCUGCCCUGUCCCAGAGCACAUAACCUGCACCUCGAGUCCUGCUGCUGGCCAGACCUCCCUCCCCUUGUGUGUAAUGGGGAGCAUCAACCCCGAGCUGUACAAGUCCUCAGAGGACGUGAGCGAGGCGGGCUUCCCCGAUGGCUGCCUGGGCCGGCUGUGGUUCUCGGUGGAGUACCAGCAGGAGUCCGAGCGGCUGCUGGUGGACCUGAUCAAGGCCCAGCACCUGCAAGUUCCCGCUGAGACCUGCAGCACGCUGGUGAAGCUCCACCUGCUGCCUGACAAGCGGCGUUUUCUUCAGUCCAAGGCCAAACGCAAAACUUGCAACCCACAGUUUGAUGAGAGCUUCAUCUUUCAGGUAUCCAGCAAAAGUGUUGCCCAGAGGGUGCUGAAGUUCUCCGUGUACCACGUAAACAAGCAGAGGAAGCACCAGCUCCUGGGCCAGGUGCUGUUCCCACUGAAGAAUGAGACCCUGGCAGGGGACCGCCACCGUGUUAUCUGGAGAGACCUGGAAGCUGAGAACCUGGAGCCCCUCUCGGAGUUUGGUGAUCUCCAGUUCUGCCUCAGCUACAACGACUACCUGAGCCGCCUGACUGUGGUCGUGCUCCGGGCCAAGGGUCUCCAGCUCCAGGAAGACAGGGGUGUUGUCAGCGUGUUUGUCAAGGUGUCUCUGAUGAAUCACAACAAAUUCGUCAAGUGCAAGAGGACUUCGGCUGUACUGGGCUCCGUCAACCCCGUGUACAAUGAAACCUUCAGCUUCAAGGCUGAUGCCAAUGAGCUGGACACCGCCAGCCUUAGCCUGGUGGUGCUGCAGAUCACAGAAGGGGACAAGAGCUACCCACUGGGCCGAGUGGUAGUGGGCCCCUACAUGUACACCCGUGGCAAAGAGCUUGAGCACUGGAAUGAGAUGCUCCGCAAGCCGAAGGAGCUGGUGAAGCGCUGGCACGCGCUCUGCCGCCCCAUGGAGCCCUGAGCCAUCCGUCGUGUCCCCAUACGUGCGACACAACACCGUGGACAUCUCGUCUAACACUCAGUGAACUGCGGGGCUAGCCUGAGACAGUGGCUCAUGGGUGUUCAAGUGCAGGAAGGAAAAAGGACACAACCCAGCUCCGGCCAGUAUCUGUGGCCAGCAGCCUCUCCUAACCCACCGAACCCCUAUGGAUCUGCGGGGCUACUGAUUGUCAAGGUCAUGACGUCAAAUAGGAUCUCAGGGUUAAGAACUGAUACUCUGUCUGGCGGAGCACAGCCUCAAGUGCUGAAAGGGAGCACAGCACCAGCUGAGUCCCACCACCUUGGGAAGUGGUGGGUUGAGGCCACGGAUACUUUGUUUUCCAAGCCGGGCGUUCUGCAGAAUGAACUGUGGGCCACAACAGGGAGAGACCUGUUGUGCAGCAGCCCACCCACAUACCAGGAGGUCAACGAGAGGUCAGCACAGCUUGCUCUGUAGCCCCUCCCUGGAGCCAUAGAACAGGUGGCAGCCCAAUUUACAUGACAUCUUGACCACAGCCAUCCUCCUCAGGAUGCCGCGUCUCACACCCUACUUCAGGUGAUCUCUUGCUGGCUUUCGUGGUCACCUGGUCAACAGAGUUUUGGGCAUUCAGCUCCUAACUCUUGCUUUGUACAGGCGAAUCCAUGGGACCAUGGUAUUGUCCUCAAGACUAAGGGCCGUGGCGAAAGGUAUAAACUUCAUUGGAUCAGUGGUCCCCAGAAUCAAAGUCACUGUCACCAAAUGCCCACUAGAUGAUCUAGCGAGCAGCCACUGUGCCUGUUAUUUCUGUGUGCCUGUACACCAAACUGCAGACAGGCAGAGUCCAUGCACUGUACCUAAAGCAGAACUGCCUGCCUGUGUCUCUCUUGUCUUCAGUGAGCGACUUCAGUUGAAGUAGAAGGAGCUUCACCUGUGCCUCUGUAGGUCCACUUCUGAUGUCUACCAAUACAAAACAGCUCUGCCUGACUGAUCCAGAAGGACACACCUUCCUGUUUCUUCCUCUCCACUUCAUUUACAGGCUUUCAAGGUGAUCCACACCGCAGUGGCUUCCAAUAGCGCAGGCACGCACGCACGCACGCACAGUUCCUUGUGCCUGCAGGGCAGGCUGCUGAAGCAGAGCUACAAUGUUUCAUCCGGAACCUAGAGACUGUGGAUACCUGCCGCCACGCCCAUAUGCCAACGUGAGACCGUGAUUGACAAUGGUCUUUCUUGGAUAACAAGGGAGAGUUGGUGGCCUGGUAUGUCUGACAGGCCUCUGAGAAACUGAAAUGGCAAGAAAUGAACGGGCUGUGGGUGUGCUGAGGGGUGAAAGCAGGAGCAGUCAUACUGUAGAGAUAUCUAUGGACUGACAAGGUAAAGAAAUAUGCAGGUUCUCAUGGGCCUGUGUGAGCUCUUGGGUGCCGUCUCAGAUCCUGUGUGUGAGUGACUCUAGCAGAAACUCUUUACAGCCCCAUAAGGUGAUCAGUUCCUCAGAAAUAUGUAAAGCUGAACAAAUGUUAUUUAACACAUACCAAUAUGAGAACCAUUUGACAAAUGCAGAUUACUCAAUUUUCUAGACAUUAGCGUGAUAUAUUUAUUCACUUCUUUUGCCUUUAAUAAGAGGGAUUUGGGGUUUGUAGGAGCCAGAGGGGUCAAGGGCACAAGAAAACCUACAGAAUCAACUAAGUUGGGCCCAUAAGGGCUCACGGAGACUGAACUGCCAACCUGAAAGCCUGCUUGGGACUGACCUAAGGCCUCUCUGCACAUGUGAUGUGUUACAGUUGUGUAGCUGGGUCCGUUGAGUGGGACUCCCAACAGCAGGAGCAGGCUGUCUCUGACUCUGCUGCCUGCCUUUUGGACCCUUUCCUCCCAUUGGGCUGUCUUGUCAAUAGGAGAGGAUGUGCCUAGUCCCACUGCAACUUGAUGAAGUCCGUGGGAGGCCUCCCCUUUACUGAAGAGAAACUGAGGAGAGUGAAUGGGAAGGGGGCGGGAGGGGAGGCUGGGAGGAGAGUAGAGGGGGAAACUGCAGUUGGGAUAUAAAGUAAUUUUAAAAAAAAUGAGGUUUGUGUUGUUUUUAUGUUGCUGCUGCUGUGGCUUGCUUGCUUGCUUGCGACAGUGCCUUCUAUUUAAGUCCCUGGCUGGCCUGGAGCUCACUAUGCAGACCAGGCUGGCCUCAACCUCAUGAGAGAUCCACCUGCAUCUGCUUCCCAAGUUGAGAUUAAAGGCAUGGGCCGCCAUGCCCUGCUUAUUUACAUGUGAGUUUUAAAAUUUCAUAAUACGUAAGAAAAAUAUGUUCUCAACAUCCUUGACGUUUACCGUAUGUGUGAUCUUAACUGUAGAAUAUAACCAAGCUCUGCUAAACACAUCUGAUCUCAUCCGGCUUUUUUUGACGUCGUAGCUCCACUGUGGGGCUUCGGAACACAGCUCUGUGCACAUCGGUGUGGCUAUACAGAUGAGCCACGAGUGAACUGAAGUGAACUCCAGUUAUAAUUAUUAUACAAACCUCCUAAAGAUAGUAAUCAAACACAUAAAACACCAACUGCAAGAAAUAUUACCUGUGAGGGUAGCUAACUAUAAAAAAAGAUUUAAAAACCAUAUAUUCUUUUUAGGUAGUUUUUUUUUAUUUUCUGGAAAAAAUGCUUUUAAAAAUCAUGGAAUAAUAAAAUAUAGUUAUAAUAA